AUGGUGCUGUGGGAGUCCCCGCGGCAGUGCAGCAGCUGGACACUUUGCGAGGGCUUUUGCUGGCUGCUGCUGCUGCCGGUGAUGCUACUCAUCGUAGCCCGCCCGGUGAAGCUCGCGGCUUUCCCUACCUCCUUAAGUGACUGCCAAACGCCCACCGGCUGGAACUGCUCCGGUUAUGAUGACAGAGAAAAUGAUCUUUUCCUCUGUGACACCAACACCUGUAAAUUUGAUGGGGAAUGUUUAAGAAUUGGAGACACUGUGACUUGCGUCUGUCAGUUCAAGUGCAACAGUGACUACGUGCCUGUGUGUGGCUCCAAUGGGGAGAGCUACCAGAAUGAGUGCUACUUGCGGCAGGCUGCCUGCAAACAGCAGAGCGAAAUACUUGUAGUGUCUGAAGGAUCAUGUGCCACAGAUGCAGGAUCAGGAUCUGGAGAUGGAGUUCAUGAAGGCUCAGGAGAAACCAGUCAAAAGGAGACUUCAACCUGUGAUAUUUGCCAAUUUGGUGCAGAAUGUGAUGAAGAUGCUGAGGAUGUCUGGUGUGUGUGCAAUAUCGACUGUUCUCAAACCAACUUCAAUCCCCUCUGUGCUUCUGAUGGGAAAUCUUAUGAUAAUGCAUGUCAAAUCAAAGAAGCAUCAUGUCAGAAACAGGAGAAAAUUGAGGUCAUGUCGUUGGGUCGAUGUCAAGAUAACACAACUACAACUACUAAAUCUGAAGAUGGGCAUUAUGCAAGAACGGAUUAUGCAGAGAAUGCGAACAAGUUAGAAGAAAGUGCAAGAGAACACCACAUACCUUGCCCAGAACAUUUCAAUGGUUUCUGCAUGCAUGGGAAGUGUGAGCAUUCUAUCAAUAUGCAGGAGCCAUCUUGCAGGUGUGAUGCUGGUUAUACUGGACAACACUGUGAAAAAAAGGACUACAGUGUACUGUACGUUGUUCCCGGCCCUGUACGAUUUCAGUAUGUCUUAAUCGCAGCUGUGAUUGGGACCAUUCAGAUUGCUGUCAUCUGUGUGGUGGUUCUCUGCAUCACAAGGAAAUGCCCCAGAAGCAACAGAAUUCACAGACAGAAGCAAAAUACAGGGCACUACAGUUCAGACAACACAACAAGAGCAUCCACGAGGUUAAUCUAAAGGGAGCAUGUUG